GCUGCAGCGAACUGUUUGUUGCAUGCGUUUUUGCUUUGCGACAGACCCUCGUUCUUUCCAUGACUCUGUAGACGACUGCGACGGCCACGAUUAGGGCCCCGAAAGCGCUAGACAUGUUGGAGGCCAGAGUCAAGUCGGAACUGGACAUGCAGUUCUUGGUUGCCCGCCUCUUCGAGCGAUUGCGAACUGAGGCUCCUGCUUACGAUUGGGACGACACCAUCGCUCCAUUCCACUCCUCCUACGACAACUGGCACGUCCAUGGAUACCGUCGUGCUUCACAACCCGUCGAUCGCAAAUCGAGCAAACCUUCAAGUAGAACUGGUAGCAGAGACCGCCGAAAGGACCGCGAAGCAGACAAAAACAAAGACAAAGAGAGUGAACGAAGCCCAUCCGAUGCGCAACAAGGCUAUGAUGUUGUCGCUCGCAUCUCUCGCCACACAACACGUCUCGAGCGCGAGUUUGGUCUUGCGAAGAGACUCAAGGCAGAGGAUGACCCGGAAUGCCGCCAUUUCAUAGACCCUGUCGAGUUUCGCAGACUACCAGUACGUCAACCAGGUGAUGUCAGUCUCGUCGCCUUUAUUGCUCGUGCCCCUGACAGUGGCGGCGACUACAUGAAAGAGCUUGUCGAGUUUGGUCCAAGUCUGCGCCGUGCUCAGCUUCCUACUUCGCCCAUCAGUCCACGCGGAAACCCCGAGUUCGAGCAAACAUUUACCCCGGAGCUUCUUCCUAUCCAUCUUUUCUUGGAUUUCGCUAUUGGUUCGACGGAAUGUUGUGAGAUUUUGCAUCACAGCAGGGAGCUGGUGCACGGGGAGCUUCGCGGCGAUGCCUUCCACUUCAGCAAAGAGCACCGCACCGUACGCCUAAUCAACUUCGGAUCUGGUGCUAGGUCAUUCGAAAACGGUCUUACAUCUGCUGGUUGGAGCUCACUGACCUCCGAAGCUGGUGUUGAAAACCGUCUUCAGUUCAUCGCGCCAGAACAAACUGGACGCAUGCCUGCCGAGCCGGACACGCGGACGGACAUAUACUCCCUUGGUAUCUUGUUCUGGACCAUGCUGACUGGAAUUCCCGCAUACAGCGGAGGUAACCCUCUCGAGAUUAUGCAGAAUCUAUUAUCACGUCGCAUCCCUCCAGUUGACAGUGUACGGCACGACGUACCGGCGAUAAUUUCAAACGUGAUACAGAGGAUGACACAGAAGAAGAUGAACGAUCGAUACCAGUCAUCAUCAGGCUUGAAGCACGAUCUACUUGAAAUAAAGAGGCUACUCUCGGAAGGGGAUGCUAACGCGCUAGAGUCUUUCAAGCUCGGUGCUAAGGAUGUCUCUUGCUUCUUCAACCUACCAAAUUCGCAAAUCGGACGGGAAGAUCAACGCAAACUCAUUCUUGACGUUAUAGAGAACUCGGCGUGGCGCGCUGCUCAAGCCAUCUCAAGCUCCAAGAAAGGCCUUUAUAGCUUAAGCUCACAUUCCACGACAUCAACUCCCACCGGCGAACGGCAUGAAAGUGGUAUCCUGGAAGAAGUCAUGUCUGAAAGUACCGGUUCCGGCAUGGACCAGGAACCCAAGCUUUCUCUCCCUCUGGAUAGGAACCACAUCUUGAAGCAGCAACAUGAGCAUAGCUCACAAGAAAGUAUUGUAGCUCACACUGGCGCUGAUCUAGAGCACAAACCGUCAUUGGAGAGCAGGCCGUCCGUCUACAACCUUGAGAACAGCCAACGGUCGACUGUGUCAAAUUCGUUCACUGCUCAGUCCGAGACUUCUGCGCUCCGCACGGCCCAACGACUCAAGCAGAUUGGCCAUACCGAACUGCUAUGCCUCAGUGGUGCCGCAGGUCUCGGUAAGAGCUCGUUGUUACUUGACGUCCAAAACAUGUCGAGGAAAUACGGCUAUUACGCAAGUGCAAAGUUCGAUCAGGUUAAGCGUGCACCCUUCGAGCCCGUGGUCAGGGUGAUGAGCUCCCUAUUUCGACAGAUUUUCUCUGAGGGUGACGUAUCUACUCCAUUCCACGACAAUAUUCGCACAUAUAUCAAGCCUUACUGGAGCUUCCUUUCAGGCUUCUUGGACCUCCCGCCGUGGUUGCUCUCUCAGUUUCCCACCCACCAGGGCUCUCUGAGUUCGGAUUCUGCCGCGCUACGGGUGCCUCGUGAGAAGUGUGGCAGUCAAGGAGAUACGGCUUCAGACUGGCUCAGAGCAGGAGGCAGUAACUCCAGCAAGUCGAACCGCUUCGUUCGCACCUUCCUUGACGUGCUGCGACUAUUAGCUCUGCAGAAAUUCAUAUGCAUAACGCUUGACGAUUUGCAGUUCGCUGACGAGGAAAGCAUUGACCUAUUGACUAGCAUUGUUCAGGCCAAGAUACCUGUGGUCCUAGUCCUUACCUACCGUGACGAGGAAGCAUUGCCUUUGAAGCUUCGUCCCCUACUCGAAAAGGCGACAAAAAUCGACUUGAAACCUUUCACGGAGGAAGAGACUGCCAAAUACGUGGCAAUUACUCUGCAUCGUUCACCCGAGUACGUUCUACCCCUAGCUGCCGUAAUUCAGCAAGCUACUCACGGUAACCCGUUCUUUGUCCGGGAAAUGCUCGACACUUGCUAUCGGAAACAUUGCAUAUACUACUCAUGGCGUUCAUCGCAGUGGGAAUUCGACCUCGACAAGACUUUUGACGAAUUCGCCUCGCCUGAUGCUAAUGAAUUCUCUACGAACAACUACCUUGUAAAGCGUUUAAAAGAUCUGUCAGAGGACUGCAAAUCGGUGCUUGCCUGGGCUAGUUUCAUCGGCAACACGUUCUCGUUUACCCUCGUGAAGAGAGUCAUGAGUUGCGACUGCUCAAAGCAAUCGAAGGACGAGUACCUACCACUAAAGAGGGACCCUGUAACUGGAUUACAAGACGCCAUCAGUGCCUACAUAAUAGUGGCGACGGAAGACGAGGAUAAAUUCAGGUUCUCUCACGAUCGGUACAUGCAGGCUGCUGAGCUCCUCGCCAGCAACUGUAUAAAGUCGGAAAUGAACUACAUCAUCUGUGCCUCGAUGAUGUACCACGACCCUUAUGAUAGUGCCACCAAACCCACUCAGCACUUAUUCGACCAAGCAAGACAUAUUUGCAACUCAGUCGAGGCCAUUCAGAUUCGACCUAGUCUUGCCAAGGCUCCCUUCCGAGACCUUCUUUAUCAAGCAGCAGAAACGGCACGAGAGCAAGGAGCAAGAUCCAUAUCACUGUACUUUUUCCAGCACUGCUUGAUGCUGCUUCCUGAUGAUCCUUGGAACGAUGACACUCCUGACGGUUCUUACCAAGAAACAUUGACGCUCAUGACUAAGGCAGCCGCUUCUUACUGGUAUCUUGGGUUCUUCGAGGAGGCUGAGAUCAUACUCAAGGAGAUCAUGAGCAACGCGAAGGUCGCCGCCGACAAGACACCGGCUUUCAUAAUACAGAGUCGAAUGCAUGCACAAAAGGGAGAUUCGCAUAUAGCUUUCUUGAACAUGAAACGAGCUCUGGAAGACCUCGGUAUCGAGAUCGUCGACACAACCUACGAGGAAUGCGACAAGGAGUUCUACGAAAUCGUGAAACUCGUCAAGGUCUCAGACAGACAAUUAUUCGAGGGAAGAGACGCACCCAUCGAUCGAGAUCUCUUCACAAUAGGAGGCGUCCUAGUCGAAUUGUUGUCGGCAGCGUUCUGGACUGACUCCUUGUUGUUCUACUAUCUGACAUUGAAGAUGAUGAGGGUUUUCCUGCAGCGUGGUCUUUUUCCACAGAUUGCAGUAGGUUUCAUCCACCUGGCCUCUAUUUCCAUCGGCCGCUUUGAGAUGGUGGAAGAGGGCCUGGAACUCGGCAACACAGCCUUGAAGCUCUUCGAUCUCUUCGACACGGACUCGUAUACGAUUGGCCGCGGCGUCACUCUCCACAGCCUCUUCCUGGGGCACUUUGUGAGCGAUAUCGAAGAUCAGAUUCCAGUCUUGGAACGUGGCAUGGAAGCAACCAUUCUGGCUGGCGACCGGUUGGUCCACUUGCUUAGUGCCGGCGUGAUGUCCGCGUACAAGCUGUGGUCCUCCCAUAAUUUUGAUGAAGUCAACGCCUUUGUCCAGGAAUGCUACGACAACUUCCCUGAAUGGCCACAAGACUUGCGCGGAGGAGUGUUUUUGACUAGCGUACGCCAAUGGAUAUCAGCUCUUCAGGGAAAGACCAACUGGCGGCAAGCAGAGACGAUCUUCGACGACAGUUCUCACCAAUCGAAACAGUACGUCGAGUUCAUACAGUCACACUCUACUGCUGCGGUACGGCCUUUGUUCUUCUACAACAGCUACAGGAUUGCAAUCUUGUACAGAUUCGGAUACUGGAAAGAGGCUCUCGAGCUCGGUGACUCUGCCUUGGAAUCCAUUUCCAGUGUAUGGUGUAUGCGACAUGCCUAUUACGACUAUUUCUAUAUCUCGAUGGCCAUGAUUGCAAAGUUGAGGGAAGAACCCAACUGUUCAGAUCGCCGAAUAGUCCUUGAGAACAUUCACAAGUUCAAGCAAAAGAUCGAGACCGUGAGUCGAGUUAACGAGUCUAACUUUGCUGUCUGGCUGCACCUUCUUCGCGCAGAAAUUGCCGACAUCGAAAAGCGCUCUGAUGACGCGACUCUUUCCUACGAGGCUGCCAUUGAUCACACCAUUGUUCAUGGUCUUUUGUCGGAUGAGGCUAUGUGUUAUGAGCUGUAUGGAGAUUACCUUUCUCGUAAAGGAGCAACUCGUCCAGCCCGCUCAAUGAUCCGAGACUCUAUUUCUGCCUACCGCCGUAUCUCUGCGACCGCGAAAGCGGACCACAUUUCUGAGAAACACGAAUUUUUGCUGCUCGGUUCGAGAAACUUCACGACGGCCGAGGCAGGCACUCAGACCGUGGAGAAUGAAAACAUUUCGUUCUCCAUGGUACAGAACGAAGCCCCUCAGACAUCCGAUGAUAGGACGCAAGCCUGGCUGACUCCUAGCGCGAACACAGUCCCCCAUCAGCAUGAAAACCAGCAUGAUCUCCAAGGUGGGUUCUCUGCGGUUGGUCUCGAUAUGAUCGACCUUGCAAGUAUCCUGGAAUCAUCGCAAGUGCUGUCUUCGGAGCUGAGAGUCGAUAAGUUGCUAGCGAAGUUGACGAACAUCAUUGUCGACAGCACCGGAGCCGCUCUUUGCGGCCUUGUGGUGAAUUCAGAUGAAGUUGGCUGGAACGUGGCUGCCGUAGGCGGUCCUGAUGUUUCUUAUCAAGGUAAUGUUGGCCAACCCAUCGGCGAGAUUGAUGAUCCGUUGUCCAAGCAAAUAACCUUCUACGUCUUGCGCUUCAAAGAAGAGCUCUUCCUACGCAAUGUUCUCGACGACGAGCGCUUUGCGAACAUGCCUGCGUCAUGGCGACAGAAGUUCCCCGACGGCAAAGCUGUUAUUGCGUUGCCCAUCCUGCAUGGAGACAACACCCUUCUCGGCUCAAUAUACAUCGAAGGACCUCCGAACUCUCUAUCUCAGCGUAACAUCACCGUCCUCCGCCUCCUUGUCAACCAGAUCUCGAUUUCGAUUGCCAACGCAUUGCUCUUCAAGAAGGUUGAGAAAGUCUCAGCCAGCAACUCCUCCAUGCUCGAAGUACAGAAACAAGCACUCGACCAAGCCCGCGAAGCUGAGAGAAAAGCCAAGCUUGCAGAAGCUAAAGCAAUGGAAAUGGUCAGGCUCAAGGAAGAGGCAGCAAAGGCAAAAGCAAUGUUCUUGGCCAACGUUUCCCACGAGCUGCGUACUCCUCUGAACGGUGUCAUCGGCAUGUCUGAACUUCUCAAAGGAAGUGGUCUCAACAACGAACAAGAAGGCUAUGCCGACAGCAUUCGUGUGUGUGCUGACACUUUGCUCUCGGUCAUCAACGACAUUCUGGACUUCAGCAAACUCGAAGCGGACAAGAUGGCCGUGUACUCGGUUCAAUUGUCCCUGACCCAGACUAUCUCUGAAGUUGUUAGAGCUCUGUCGUACACCAAUCUUGAAAGAGGACUGCAAACUGUCGAGAAGCUAGAGAUGGACCCGAACAUGCUUGUCAUGAGCGAUCCUGUCCGCCUGCACCAGAUUUUCAUGAAUCUGCUCAGUAACGCGUACAAGUUCACAGCGAAGGGCACAGUCACAGUCAGGGCAUUCGUCGAGCACGAAACCGAAUCCACUGUUCAGGUUACCUGCAGUGUACAGGACACUGGUAUUGGAAUCACAGAAGAGCAAAGAAAGAAGCUCUUCCAGCCUUUCAGUCAGGCCGACAGCAGCACUGCACGUAGCUAUGGUGGUACUGGCCUCGGUCUCUCCAUCUGCAAGGCCAUCAUCGAGAAGGUCUUCCAUGGCAGGAUUUGGAUGGAGUCUGAACUUGGCGUCGGAACCACAGUCGCCUUCUCCAUUCCCUUCCAGAAGAUCAGGCCUGGUGCUGAGAAGGGGGCCCUUGGACCACCUGUGGAUUCUCUUGCAGCCAUGUACCAACCAAGCGAGGCCGAUAAACUCAAGUCUUCCUACAUUAGCUUGGCUCACAUCCCUCGAGACAAGCUACGUAUCUGCAUAGCAGAGGAUAACAUUGUCAAUCAGACUAUUGCCGUCAAGAUAGUGAGGAAGCUUGGGUUUGGAUGUGAAGCUUACGGAGACGGACAGCAAGCGGUUGACGCACUUGCAGCAGCGAGCAAGGCAGGUACACCUUACCACCUGGUGCUCAUGGACGUACAAAUGCCUGUCCUUGACGGCUACAACGCCACGAGAGAAAUCCGAAAGCAUCCUGACCCCGUCGUACGCGAAGUCCUGGUCAUCGCCAUGACCGCUUCCGCAAUCCGUGGCGACAAGGAAAAAUGCCUCGAAGCCGGAAUGAACAAUUACAUGUCAAAGCCGGUACGCGCCAACCUGCUCAAGCAAAUGCUCGAAGGAUAUCUCAACCAAGUCCCGAAGACGAUACCAAAUUUGCAAAAAGAAGCCAAUAAGCUGUCUCAAGAUGUGCUCAAUCAGGAGUCCAUGUACGCACCAACUGGAGGUCAAGCGGCGGGCACUUCGCAGCAGCAGAGUGAUGGACAAAAGACACCCACGCCUGCCACUGUUGGGUCAAUGGCCAUGAGACCCAAGUGAUGAUGACCACCAAUACAAUUUAGCGUACACCAGUCGCAUCUUUUCUCGCAUCAUCGACGUGCUUUGCUUUGGAGGCACGAGGCACUAUGGGUCAGCGAAGGAAGGAGCAAUUGAGGGUAGCCUUCAGGGUCUCUCUUUCUCUUUCUGCAGUCAUCCCGUAGAGGAAAGGAACAAUCAGAGCAUUUGCUACUUCCUCGCAUUUGCAUCAUGGACUUUUGGCGAAGUCUUUUACACCUAUCUUUCUGUUUUUUUUUUUUUGUUU